AUGGAGGGAGACCUCGACAACAUCGUGGAGCGCUGCGCUUCCCUGCUGACAUCAGCUGACGGCAUCUGGAGCGGAUGCGGCCUGCUGCUGGCCCUUAGCAAGAGUGGAGAUGAGAACCGAAUAAGCUUCGCCAGGGUCGCGCAAGAGAUAGCGGCACGCGACGGGGGCGCCGUCCUCAGGCGGCUCUUUUACAUCGUGUCGCUUGCGACGCUCACUUCGAGCAAAGUGGUGGUGGAGCGCUGUUUGAGAGACGGGCUGCCGCCGGAAGGGGCGGAGAGAGGAAGAGGGCCGGAAGAGAAUGGAACCGGAACAGGGCGGGAAAAGACGCACAGCGAAAGAGAGCCGGAAGAGGGAAAGAUUGGAAGAGGGCCGGAAGAAAAGGAGAAUGCACGGCAGAUCUAUGCGCGGCUUGUAUUGCACAUUGAACACUUCUCCGGUCCCGCGCGCCUGUUGGAGGCUCUUCUGAACAGCCCACAAUUAACUGCAUUCAACUCUCUGAUGGUGGCUGCUUCUUUGGAGAGUCUGGCCAACUUUGCGCGGGCUUCGAAGGCGUUCCGAGAAGCUAUUCGGGAAGCAGCGGAAGAGCGGAACGUGUUCGAGCAGUUUGGGGACCUGCUUCGCGCCGAGUAUCUUGCAAAGAUGUCUCGUAGAAUUGCCCUGGAGAUCCGGCUUGCUUUGGCGAGUCUAGCAGUCUCUCUUGCGUAUUCUGUGGACAGUCAAAUGUGGGCGAUCGUCAGGGGCCUCCCGAAAUUAAUAGCGGCCAUCUAUGAAGCUUCCCCCUUGCGAGAGUCUUCGAAAUAUUCCGAGCGGCUCAUGUCUCCAGCAUACCGCUGCAACAUGGCCCUGGUCCGCUUGCUUUCGGUGGACUCCGCAGCGGAAAAGCUGCGCGCGCACAACGCACUCGAAGGUUUCCGGCCCCAUAAGCGGAAAAUCAACAUGGCAGAACCGGAGUGCCACCCGUGGACAACUUUCAAGAUCAGAUUGCAAGAUGGAGAGCUUUCCUUGACACGCGAGAUGUCCGCCGCGAAUUGGAAGCCCAUGGAAGAUCGGCUCAACGGAAGGUUCUGGACGCCGGUGGUGUGCUCGAGGAAGCUGUGCGCGGCCGGCCGCGAGCCCGACGUCGGGAAGGGGUUUAGCAAAUGCGGGCGCUGCCAGGUCGCGCGCUACUGCAGCAAGGAGCAUCAGAAGCUGCACUGGGAGACCCACAAGAAGCAUUGCAAGGCAGACCAGGCAAAGAAAGACGUGACCGAUUAG